CCGGGUUAGCAGAGGCUAGAAAGUCAAGGCUGUCGGCGUCAGAGAUCGGCUUCCAGCGGCCAUGUAAUGAUUUACUUUGGUGUUUUAGGGACAGAGCAUCACCGCGGAUGGCCUGUGUUGUUGCUGCUCGCCUGGAGACGGGCUACGUGCUGAAUUGGUGAGAUCGGCAUCCUCGGUUAACUUCCUGUCUUCUUCUUCCUCUGCCGCCGCUGCUGCUGCUGCUCUCACCUACAUCCAUCCAUCCAUCCUUCCUUCCACUCAUCCGUGUCUCAAGCCUGACACUGCAGUUACAAUCAGACUGCAUGCAAAGCAGAGGCCAGGCGUGUGAUGGCUGCAGAGAGUGGAUCCACUUGUCCGUGAAGAGAUGAACCUGUUGGAUUCUGGCAGCUAGAGGCUUCCAUGGACGAUAUUAACUUUAUAAUGGCAAUAGGACCUCCCACUUGAAGGAAAGGAAGACAUUUAACCUGUGAUCUCCUGUAACACAGGUGGUGACGGCUCCCGGGUUGCAGUGACAGCCAGCAGUAAGUCUUAAGUGCAGGUGUUUUCCUGCUCUUCUUCCCUGUUUUUUUAAAUUCCCGCACUGGUGUCCUGCGGUCCUGGCAAAAUGACUGCGGACUGGGGUGAGAAGUCCACAGCGGAGCUCAUGAGCCGGUAUGUGCCCAAGGAAACGGGAUACGACGUACCCAAGGACGGCUGGCGGAUCUGCCUGGCACACGAGUUCAAGGAGAAGAGAAAGCCCUUUCAAGCAAAAGACGUGUCUCUAUCCAACGUGUUGGGACACAUCGGCCUCGGAAUCAGGUAUCUAAAAUGGUGGUACAAGAAGACCCAGGUGGAAAAGAAGGCUCCGUUCAUUGACAUGUUCCGUGCACAGCCUUUGCGUCAGAUAUAUGGCGUUCCGCUCGGAGGUAUCGGCGGCGGUACGAUCACUCGAGGCUGGAGGGGGGAGUUCUGCAGAUGGCAGCUGAAUCCUGGGAUGUACCACUACAAAACUGUUGUAGCCAAUCAGUUCACAGUGUGUUUACGCCGUGACGGCCUGACGGUCUACCAGCAGGUUCUGUCAGUGGAGCGUCCUCCCACAUUGCAAGGCUGGAACUGGGGCUACUGCGGGGAGUACGCCUUCUACCACGCCCUGUACCCUCGAGCCUGGACCGUCUACCAUCUGCCGGGACAGAACGUCACCCUCACCUGCAGACAGGUCUCCCCCGUCAUCCCUCACGACUACCAGGACUCUAGUCUCCCAGUGGCAGUGUUUGUUUGGGACAUAGAGAACAAGAAUGACUACCCUUUAGACGUCUCCAUCAUGUUCACUAUGGUCAACGGGUCGGGCUGCAAGGACGACAAGGGUGGGGGACACUGGAACGAACCGUUCCACCUGGAGAAGGAGGGGGAGGCAGUGUCUGGUGUCCUGCUGCAUCACUGCACUACAGUGAACCCUUACACGCUGUGCAUGGCAGCACGAGAGCAGCCUGACAGGGAGAUCAGUCACCAGACAGCAUUCAGUCCAAAGGGAACCUGUGGGGGUCUGUGGAGUGACCUCAUCAAGGACGGGCGGCUGGACUCUCCAACCGGCUCCAGCCCGCCAACACCAAAGGGAGAGAAGGUGGCGGCAGCGCUGGCUGUGGGCUGCUCGGUGCCGGCUCAGGGCCACAACGCCCUAGAGUUCUGCCUGGCCUGGGACAUGCCCAAGAUCAUGUUUGGCUCCAGGGAACGGGUGCACAUCAGGAGAUACACUCGUUACUUUGGGACAAACGGGGAUGCCGCCCCCUCACUCAGCCAUUAUGCUUUAACACACUACAGACAAUGGGAGAGGAGCAUCGAUGAGUGGCAGCAGCCCAUACUGCAGGACAGUUCUCUUCCCUCCUGGUACAAGUCGGCUCUGUUCAACGAGCUGUACUUUGUGGCCGACGGGGGUACGGUGUGGACAGAGCUGCCAGAGGACAGCGAUGUCAGCGGCGGGGUUCGCACCGAGGACGGAGGGCUGCCAGCUCAGCCUGCUGUCGUCAAGGAGUACGGCCGCUUCGCCUACCUGGAGGGUCAAGAGUACAGGAUGUACAACACAUACGAUGUGCACUUCUACGCUUCCUUUGCACUUAUCAUGCUGUGGCCCAAACUAGCCUUGAGCCUGCAAUAUGAUAUUGCUGGCAGUGUAGUUCAGCAUGACCCAACAGAGAGGCUCCAUCUGAUGAGUGGGCGCUAUUCCUCCGUCAAGGCCAAAAAUGUUGUGCCUCAUGACAUUGGAGACCCAGAUGAUGAGCCAUGGCAGAGGGUGAAUGCCUACCUCAUCCAUGACACUGCAGACUGGAAGGACCUAAACUUGAAGUUUGUCCUCCAGGUGUACAGGGACUUCCAUCUCACCCAGGACACUCAGUACCUGCAGGACAUGUGGCCCAUUUGCCAGGCAGUGAUGGAGUCAGAGAUGAAGUUUGACCUGGAUGGUGACGGUCUGAUAGAGAACUCUGGAUACGCUGACCAGACCUACGAUGGUUGGGCUGUGACUGGACCUAGUGCAUACUGUGGGGGACUGUGGCUGGCAUCGGUGUGUGUGAUGUGUAAAAUGGCCAGAAUGGUAGACAGUGAGGAGGCGUACCAGCGUUACAGAGACAUCCUGGAUAGAGGCAGCGCUGCCUUUGACAAGCUGCUGUGGAACGGCCAGUACUACAACUACGACAGCAGUGGAAGAGACCUGUCCAACAGUGUCAUGUCUGACCAGUGUGCAGGGCACUGGUUCUUGAGGGCCUCUGGGCUGGGAGAGGGCGAGUACCAGGCUUUUCCCAAGGAAAAGAUUCACAGUGCACUGAAGUCGGUCUUUGACUUGAAUGUAAUGAGCUUUGCCGGAGGCCAGAUGGGGGCAGUUAACGGCAUGCGUCCUGAGGGAGUUCCUGACCACUCCAGUGUCCAAUCCGAUGAGGUCUGGAUCGGAGUGGUGUAUGGACUCGCAGCCACCAUGAUCUAUGAGGGUAUGAGGGAUGAAGGUAUGCGUACGGCGGAGGGCUGCUACCGGACUGUGUGGGAGAGACUGGGCAUGGCCUUCCAGACUCCUGAGGCCUACUGCGAGAAGGGCAUCUAUCGCUCCCUGGCCUACAUGAGGCCGCUCAGCAUCUGGGCCAUGCAACUCGCUCUGGACGCUUCACACAAGGAUCAGACCACAUCCGAUCAGACUGGAAAAAACGACAGGGAGCAGGGCCCGAAUUAGAGACAAAGUCAGACUGGCAUAGGAGAAAGGAAUAACUAGGCCCUGGAAACCUCCAAACUCCUUGAACUGCCACUUCCCACAUGUAGUCCACUACAAAGCCUCAGCCUGCACUCUCCUGCUGACUGGCUAGAAAUCUUGAAAUGUGUUGCUCUGCAGUUUGUUUUGCUUCAGACGUUUUCUCAUUUCAGGCUGGAGUGACAACUGAGAUGGCAAAACUGGUUCAAUAACUAGAUCAGGAUAUUGUCACGGCAUUCUUAUUACUACAUUUUUUAGUCUCCUCAAAAGCCUAUAGAUGGUCUGACAUGUUUAAAGUGAAGGUAAUGUAGUUGAAUGCUAUUUGACAGUAGUGUUGGGGAUCACCUUGCAUUUGUCUGUGAUGCAUUACUGCUCCUAAAUUCAGUAAUCACAUUGCAGUUACUAAUCAAUUAUGUUGUUACUUUUUCUAGGUUCUUCAAUUAUCAGCAUAAUGGGGGGGGGUAAAAAAAAAAACAUCAUGAAACGUGGCUUUCAU